GGUUGACAGGUGCGUGACAGUCGGAGCUCUCUGCAGGCAUGUACGGCAAAGGCAAGAGCAACAGCAGCGUCCCGUCCGACAGCCAGGCCAGGGAGAAAUUAGCACUGUACGUAUAUGAAUACCUGCUCCAUGUAGGAGCACAGAAAUCAGCCCAGACUUUUUUAUCAGAGAUAAGAUGGGAAAAAAACAUCACACUGGGGGAGCCCCCAGGAUUCUUGCAUUCCUGGUGGUGUGUGUUUUGGGAUCUCUACUGUGCAGCUCCAGAAAGACGAGAAACAUGUGAACAUUCAAGUGAAGCAAAAGCAUUUCAUGACUAUAGUGCUGCAGCAGCUCCCAGUCCAGUGCUAGGAAACAUUCCCCCAGGAGAUGGCAUGCCAGUAGGUCCUGUACCACCGGGGUUUUUUCAGCCUUUCAUGUCCCCUCGGUACCCUGGAGGUCCAAGGCCACCUUUAAGAAUACCCAAUCAGGCACUCGGAGGUGUCCCAGGAAGUCAGCCAUUAUUGCCUAGUGGGAUGGACCCAACACGGCAGCAAGGGCAUCCAAACAUGGGUGGGCCAAUGCAGAGGAUGACUCCUCCACGGGGAAUGGUUCCAUUAGGACCACAGAACUAUGGAGGUGCAAUGAGACCCCCACUGAAUGCUUUAGGCGGCCCGGGGAUGCCUGGAAUGAACAUGGGUCCUGGGGGUGGCAGACCUUGGCCAAACCCAACCAAUGCCAAUUCUAUACCUUAUUCUUCAGCGUCUCCUGGGAACUAUGUAGGUCCUCCAGGAGGUGGAGGACCACCUGGAACACCUAUCAUGCCUAGUCCUGCAGAUUCAACCAACUCUGGAGACAACAUGUACACUUUAAUGAACGCAGUACCACCUGGACCCAACAGACCUAAUUUUCCAAUGGGGCCAGGGUCAGAUGGACCUAUGAGUGGACUAGGUGGAAUGGAUUCACACCAUAUGAAUGGAUCAUUAGGUUCAGGAGACAUGGACAGUAUUUCCAAAAACUCUCCCAGUAAUAUGAGCAUGAGUAAUCAGCCUGGCACUCCCAGAGAUGACGGUGAGAUGGGUGGAAACUUCCUAAACCCUUUUCAGAGCGAGAGUUACUCCCCUAGCAUGACAAUGAGUGUGUGAUCCAUUAACAAGUCUCGCCAUGAAGACCACAGUGUGUUGGCCCUCUUCAGAGAGCUACUGCAGAAGAAAAUUAUUCGUCCCAGUGUACAGUUUAACAAAAGGAUCUCAGACACAAUCAGACCCACCAUUUUUCUUUCUGCCAUCUCCCCCGUUUUGUCAAGACAGUGGGUCCCAAACACGAUUGAGACAACUGUAAAAGAGUGGCGUAACAGAAGAUGGAACUGCAAACAAUUAUCUGUGUAUGUACACAUGUGAGUUAAUGUAUAUUUAUGUGUGUGUGAUACAGAAACACACACAUACAUAUAUAGACCCACAGAACAGUAUAAAAUAUUAUCACAUGGCAUCUUAAGUAGAAAUGAGAAGUAGGGACUUCUUUUCCAUUUUAAUAUUUUUUUUUUCACGUUUACAUUUUAAUUAUUAAAAUUUGCUUUCCCUCCCCUCCUGAACUGUUUUAUGUUGCAUAUAUCACUGCUUUAUAAGUUAUUUUUUAAGGUGAACUCAAAUGAUAAAUUCUUCUGAUUUUGUAAAUGUCUGCCAUUAUGGAUAGGAAUAAAACUGCUUAUAAGAGCUUUCAUUAACUUGUGUUUUAUACCAGUUACCCUGUGAAUCACAAACUGUGCUGUCUCAAGAAACAGAAGAAAGCUCAUCUUAAUUUUUUUGAGAAAUUUAAUGAUUUUCACCUAGUUAGGUGAUUUUUUUUUUUUUUAAUACUUUGCCUUUAAAAAAAGAAACAAGCACUGAAGGUUAUUUUUCUUCUUUAAUUGAAGCCUAUUAUCUGCAAUAUCUAUUUUAAAAGGAAGCCUGAAUUUGAUACAAGCUUCUCAGUUUAUAUAGAGUACUAUAAGAUUACUGUAAGUGAGCUCCUGUUGCUAUAGAAUCUAGCAAUAAAGUGUCAGGGCUGCUUCUGCCCUUGGAAAUGAGUUUUCGAUUGAGCAUGAUCUUUGUAGGGGUGGUAGCUAGUGGAAAUACAGUAGAAUCCCUAUAACCAAAACUUUUUCUAAUUACUUACUCUUACGUUUCCCAUUUUCAGUUAUUCUCUAGUGAAUUGUAACAAUCCGUGGUCCUAAUUAUAAACAGUAUUUCCCGAGCCCAUUCAGAAAAUCAGGUCACCUGGCUACUGGGAUGUGUGUUUUUCACCAUGUCUACCAGAAUAAAUUCCCCCAAAAAUCUUCAAGUAAACAAUCUUUUCUCUUUUUUGAGCCAAAAUAAUGGAGUAACUUUUUAUGACUACUAGCUUUGGAAGGGUCUUACCUUUUGCCACAAACAGGAGAGGAACAAAGGUCUGGGCAGUUUUAUAAGGAGAUCAGCCUAUUAGUCAUGAAAGCUAAGGACAGAAUGGAGAAAAGUUAUAUAGUCUUAAAGGAAAUGCUUCUGGAAGCAAUUCUAUGUCACUUCAAACAAAGCUCUAAAACCCAUAUUAUGGCACAUUUAGUUCCUAAUGACUGCCAGCUCUCCUGAGAAGACAGAAGUUUUCAGUUGUGAUCAAAAGGUUGAUGAUUUUGCCACAGACAAAAAGCAAAAUCCCCUCCUUGGACUUUUGAGUAUAGAAUAGCCAGAUACGUGGGAGGAACAGUUCUGAGAUUUGUCCAUGAAAUCUUGUAGGAUUUUUUCAGGAAUUUGUGAUAAAGAGGUAGAGGUAAUGGGCUCAUUGUGAUGGUAGCACAUAAAAGGAUGUUAAAGGAGUACUUCAAUCUCCUAACUAAUUUUUAUUUUCAUAUAUUCUAUAUAUAAGAUAUAAGAAAAUAAAAGUUCUACUCUCUUGUUCAGGCUAUUCAAAGAUUAAGGUCCUGGAGGCCUAAAACAAUGUUAAAAUAUCAAAGAUUUUGGUAGCAUUACUUUCUAGAAAUAGUAACUACUUUGAUUAGUUCUAAACAUAAAACAAGUCAUGACAUGGCUUUGUGGACUUUCUUCCCAGUCAUGAUGGUUACAUUCAUUUGCUUACCUUUGAAAACCACUUUGUUGCCCAUCUCAAAAGAUGUUUGAAGCCCCUACUACUGAUUCCAGUUACGAAAAAAACAAAAAAUCAGAGCUAAUUUCCUCAGACCCUUCCCUGUUGUCCCUUGUGCACCCCAGCUUCUCCCAGCUGCAGAGUCCAGGUGUCCUUCCUGCCUGCAUGUGACAUCUGUACUGUCCUUGGUAGCCUUCUCAGAAGGGCUUCAGGGCUCUUUUCUGCCCCAUUUGUCAGACGAUGUCACAGCUGGACUAAGGUACGUCUGGGCUGUGCACCAGGAGCCAUGCACCAGGUAAGUGUGCCCUCAAGUGAGCUCUUCAGCUGCUGAGUCCAUCAGGGUUCUGCUGUGUAUCUCCAGCAGAACCCUUUGUGCUGCCUCAUGACACCCUGGGGCUUCUGCAGGCAAGCAGUGUGUCCAGUGACCAGAGCUGCCCAUGACUGCAUCACUGAGGGCUCCCUUACCAGAGGACAUGGAGCUUCCUACUCUGGCAAAAUUAAGCAGAAUUAGAGCUUAGUAGUAAUCAGAGACUCAGGUUUAGUUUUUUGUUUGUUUUAAAGAUGAAAAUCUGACCAUUAAAUUAAACCUGUUCAAAGAAACCCCCUUAAUAGGGCUGCCAACACGUAUUGGCUGUCAUCAAAAUACAUUAUCCCAAUCGAUACACAAGAGUGUAACAUCCUUUCAGGCACGUAAUUUUUCUUCUGUAGUUCUUUCAAAAUCCCUCUGUGCAAUUUUUCUUAGUGCCAGCAUAUAAUUGUUUCCCCUUUCGAUUUCUUUUCCAAAACAUUUAUAUCAAAUUGAACGUGGUUGCAUUGAUCCUGCAGCAUGAAGACCAGUAGAUACAUCCCUGGGUUAAAAAUGAACAGGAUCAGGCCCUGCCUCUCAUAGCCUAAUGCUCUGCUCCCUGGUUUUACAAGUUACUUGCUGUGUCCAGCACUUCUCAUACCUAUGUAGUCCCACAGAUUGGUGGAACAAAAGAUGCACAAGCUUGAAAGAUUUUAUAUUGGAAGAUUUGCUUGGAUACUUUGUGCAUAUCUUAUUGUUAAAAUUUUAAUGCAGAUAUCAGGAAACCUAAUAAUCUUGCUUUCUGUAGGGAGUGCUUACACUCCCUAUGCUUACAUACAUCAGUAAAGUUAUUUACACACACUUUGGUAAGAUAUGGGGAUUAUAAUCAUACAUAGGUUCAGCAGCUGAACCAUUAGAAAACAAUCUCAUGUGCUAAGUACUCAAUUUUAAAAUUACAAGUAUCCCUUUGGGUUGCCUUUUUUUUUUUUUUAAGAUGCAUAAAGCUUUUUGCUUGUUCAUUUUUUUUCUUUCUUUUGCUUAUAAAUCCUUGUAGGAUUUUCCUUGUAACUAGAGUAUUAAUGUGGAAAUAAAAACUGUUUCCAAGUACUGACUUUCUACUCCCACUUAUCUACAGGAUGCUACAGGAUAGUUUUUCUUUGCUGACUUCUAGAUAGACUUCUCUCUAAUAUCAAAACAAAUAGAUCAUGAUUCUUUAAAUCGCGCUUUCAGACAAGGCUAAAGUAAGGCUUUUUAAAAACUAAAGUGAUGAAAUCUUGGAGUUGCAGAAAUUAAGAUCUCUUAUACAGUGAGAACUCUGCCAAAUACCCUGGCCUUGUAGAAAUCAACUGAAAUUGGAUUCACUUGUGAAUUGCACAGUGAAACCAACAUCUUACCUGCUGCAUAAUUAUGAAAAGGGGCAUUUGUACCCAGAUUCUCUCUCUGUAUCUGGGUCUUGCAUAGGCAAGAACAGGGCUUAGGGCAAGGAAGAACCUGUUAGUCACACAUGAAGCAUGUGGCCUGACCUAUGCAUUAAAAAUACCUGGAUAUUUGCAUGUAUGUGUUGCAUUAUUUUCCUAAAUGCAUAAGCAUGAGGAAGAACUGCAUUUGCACUCUAUGUGUUCCAGCCCCUCCACCGUCAAGUGAAUUUGAUGCAUGUAAAAAACAUGGCAAGAACCUUUGAGUCAAGUCUUGGACACCCUGUGACAUAAAUGUGCCUCAUCUUGGCUCCCAGGCAUCUCAGAGUGGCAAUGCCCAGAUCAGCCUGUGGCUGAGGCCACGUGUGCCAUUGUUUCUUGGGAAGCCCUGCUUGCAGAGCCCAGACCACCAGCAGGGCACAGACUCAGAGAUGGUAACAGCAUUCAGACUUGCCAGCCUGCUUCCCUUAGUUGAGGAUUAAAUGCCCCAUGUCCCAAGUCAUCCAGCUGUUGCUUUCCCCCUUGUAAUGGGAAUAUGCAAUGAGAAAUAUGUAGGCUAAUUAUUUACUUCAAAUAAUUCAGAUUAGGAAGAAGUUAACAGAAUCUUGCUUCUUUAUUGAUAGCAAUUCCUGCAUCAGAAUGACAGGUUCUACAAGUGGCUAAAAGUAACUUGAAUUUUCCUCUGUUCCAUGGCUAGCAAAUUAAAUACUGCAUGCAAAGAUGAUUUGGAAUUAGAUGGGUAGUUUAACAAGGGACCAGCUGUUACAAUAUUCAGUGUUGAAUAUUUUAUUCUUUUUUUUCCUUGUAACAGUCAAAAUGAAUUUUCAGCUGAUACAUGUUGCACCAAUUUAUAUUUCUCAGACCAGUUAAUUAUUUCAAGUGUUAUCUCCCAUUCCUAGUCAGCUCUGAUUCUUUGUUAUUGUUGUGGUUUCUAAAUAGGGACUGAAUUCUUCAAGAUUUGACCCUACACAUUUGCAUUUGGAGAAUGUAAAAUAGACCUUAGUGAUGUAAAAAAAACCCAACCCAAACAUCAGUACAGGUAAAUUUAUUUUUCUUUAUUAAAUCACUGUAAGUGAUUAUAUAACUGUGGCUCCUGUCCCAAACAUUCUUAAUUUUGGCUGAGCCCUGAGGAUGGGAAUCCUGACAAAGCACAUAUUUCAAAGAAAACCCAAAAACUCUUUUAACAGUGAUAGCUCGUUUCUCUUCAUAUUUAUCACGUAGAGGAUCUAAUUCAGGAUUUAAUGAUAUCAAACAACUAUAGAAAAUCAGUACACUCAUAAAUAAUGAGUUAUAUUUAAAUCUUAGUGUGUGCAGCUUCCUCUACGUUCCAUUAUUGGCUCAGUCCUAUGAGCUGCUGCUCAUGCUGGUUGUCCUGCUCAAACUUUGGUGGAGCCACUCACAGAAGAUCAUUUGUUUUGGUAGGAUUUCACCCUGAUCUGGGUGAAAUAUGUGUUUUAUCUGAGAUGCAACAUUAUUUGCCAGAUAUAUAAACUGAGUACCUAGUGCAAAAUACAGGGGGUCUGAUGAAAUUACCAAAAAUGAUAUUUCAACCAAAAAAAACCACAAAAAAAGCCUUUACCUAAAACACUGCUUUGAGUGCCUGCAUGCAGGUUGUCUGCCAGUGCUGUUAUCUUAGAAACAAAUUGCAGUAACAAAUUUGGAGAAAAUAAAUAGGUCUUCUGCUCAGCACAUGAAAACUCUGAUCCUGCAAACACAUUCAUAUUUGUUUGAAAUGAAGCCUUUAUUUCAAACACACUCAAUUCAAACAGGUUUAAGAACACAAGCAGUAUCCUUCAGGGCAGUGGAACAGUCUAGAGGCUCAAAUUAAGUCUUCCCUAAACAGACUUUAUUUUAAAGAUUUUACCAAUGCAGGAGCAUGUUUACUUAUAAUUAGUACUGAUACGUGGAACAGAUUUGGCUUUCUUCUGUUUCUUGUUUUAUUAGAUUAACUAUUUUUGUGAAGUUGUCCUUCCAUCUUGUUUUCAAUUGUGCAGCCACAGUUUCCCUCAACGUAGCUAUCAGCUUUGCAGUUUUAGUCCAAACUUCUGUUUGGUCACUGUUCUCCAUUUAAGCUUAAAAAGUGUAAGAAAGCCUCUCAUGUAAUGGGAAAACUUGCCAUAAAAAUGUAAAAAGGGUUUAUUUGGUACCUGUUUUCACAUUUAAUAAAAAUGCAAUUUUCAGUCACGAUUUGAAAUGGUCACUUUCUAGCCACUAUUUAAUUUCUGAGUGCAAAAGAAAUUAAGAAGACAAAUUACCUUUUUAUAUAUAUAUAUAUUUCUUUGAAUUCAGCAUCAUAAGCAUUUGCUGAAAGACGUGGUUUUGGGACAAAUUAGAUAAAAAAUGGGAUUUACUGCCUAGUUGCUGUGAAUAGUACAGCCAGACUUUUAUGUUGAAAGCUCCUUCCACAUCCCCAAAAGUAGAUUGCCUGAUGUCUGAUGGGUGUGGCUUUGUAAAAGCCACAUCCAUUUCAUUUGUCUGUGUUUUCACUGUAUCUCAUGGGUGACUUGGGGUCCCCCUUAGCUGUGCAGGGUUCUGUUGUUGUAUCUCUCAGAAGAGUAACUGAGUGGUCGAGCCGGCCUGUUCACCAGGUCUGGUAAUUAAGGUUUGAUAAUAAUAUAUCCACCAGGUGUGCCCAGCUGUGCACUCAGAAACAAGGUAUUUGUACGCUACCUCGCUGUUCUCUUGAGAACUUGUACAAUUCUUCUUACAGUUAGGUCUGGGGUCUCCCUUAAGAUUUUACAAUACUGAGAGAAGAAGUUUAAUUUUGCCAAGAGAAAAUUCUGGCAGUUUAGCACCAGCUUUCAUAGGGGAUCAGCACAAAACAUGGGGAUUUUGAAAGGUGAUGCAUUUUCUCAAUACCCUGGGUGUACUAGGAAAUAAAUCACGUGAUGCAGAAGUUUGGUCUGUUACAGAGAUACAUACAGUUCCUCAGAUUAGGUGGGAUUAGAAUAACCAUGACAAAAACUAUGUUUGUCCCAAUAGAGUGAAAUAUCAUCAGUAAUCACUUCUGAUGUGAAGAAUUAUUGGUAUGGAAGGAAUGCUCCUAUCCUUAGGAGACAAAUUAUCAACUGGGUCAACUGGAUAUUUCUAGGGUUCAUUUCUAUUGUUUAAUCUUCAUGUUUUCUUCUCUCUCAUUUGGAUCUUCCCAUUAAAUGUACCAUGUCAGAUCUUUGCAGAAAAGUAAGAACAAUUUGCCCAAUAAACAUCCAGGAAGUUGUUCACAUCUGUAACAACCCUACAAUACAGAGUUAAUUUCAUUAGAGACAUUGAGUGUUACAACAAAUGAGUGGCAGUGCAAUACCCUGAGAGCUCUGGGAUCAGCAGAGUUAGCAUCUUAGGGACUCACACAUGAGUCGAGACCAUUUCUAACAAUGACAUAAAAUAGCUUGAAACAAAAGCAGAUGCAGACUGGAGGAACCUAAAAUCCAAGUAGAGCACAUUUAAUUGAAGUAGAAAUCUACUAAAGCUAUGAUUUACCAGGUGAUUUUGAAAAGUUUAUUAGCAGCAAAACUGGUAGCUGCUGUCUUUGAUGCAGAGUUGCCUCAUGCAGAGUUUGUGAUCCCCAGCAGAGGUUGGGUUCCUUGGUCUAGGCAGGCUGUAGACCAGGGACCACCACAUCCACAGGCCACACCUUUAGUUACAGAUGAGCAAAGUGCAGGUGCCCUUCCAGUGGAUGCUGAAGUUCAUCUCUAACAUGAGCACAGGCCAUGACUUAACAGUUUAGUGGAAAAGAAAAGCAGUGUUUGCUGAACUGCCACUUAGAAACUUGACAUUCAAAAGCAGAUUUAGGGUGUUCCCAGGUCUAUCCUUAUAUUUCUGAUUAAAUUCUUAAUUUGGGUUUGGUUUAUAUUUACAUUAAUGGUUAAGGAAGAGAAUAAAAGUUCCUAAACUAGGGCUGAAAUACAGACAUGGAAGGUUGGCAUGAAUAAAGUGGAAGCUGGAGCUUUCUGUUAGUUGAGAAUCAAGUACAUUUUAUAAGAUCUGUCUUUUCCAGGACAAAAAGCAUCCGUACAAUAAACCUUUUUAGGCUUGCAGUGGCUAUUUGAGAAGUGUGAAUCAAAAUGCUGUAUAUGCUUAGAAACCAAUUUUGACGGCUUUUUUUUUUUUUGUGGCAAGUAUCCCCUUGCAAAAAAUGUUGUUGUGCAUCUAUGUUGUGCAUGUUCGCCUAAAACCACAAAAACAAAUCAAUUUUUUAUGGAUUGUUGUACAUGCAUCUGGCAAACACUUGUUUCUGGUGGGGAGAGGAGGAAGAUUGGAUAGCUGGUGGGCUAGCAUAUUUAUGUGAAUUACUUAAAGCAUUGGUAAACUAUUGUCAACUUUGUUCACAUUGCACAAGAUACUCUGUGUAGUCUACUGCUGGCAUUAUAACCUCAGUGAUCCAUGCAUAUUCUGUAAAUUCUUGUAGGUUUUGUGUAAGAAACCUCGUCACCAUUGCUUACUACUGUAAAUUCUUGUUUUGAAGCAAGAGGUGGCUUUUGAUUGUACAGCCAUGUGUAUUAUAUACUACAACAGUACUUGUUCUGUCCUUAAAACUUGCUGUUCACAUAUAGUUAAAGCUUUGUUAAGCACGCUUGGUGGUUUCAGAAUUCGUCUCGGACAGCAGAUAUAUAAGCCAUUUACAAGAAUAUUAAAUCAAGUGUAACAUAAGAGAAUUCAACCCAGUUUUUGAGAGCGUGGGGUUGGAUUUUUGCAGAGAACGGGCAGCUGCAGGUUACCACAUUUCAUGGCUCUGCUGGGUACACACUAUUUUCCAGCUGCAGGUGCCUGCAGACCUGAGAUCAGACUCUGUGCAGGGAGCUGCACAGGAGGGAAGGCCUUUGCUCUCACUGUCCCCAGGCCAAGGCAGGCUACCAGCCCUCAGCAACUGUUGCAGAGACCUGCCAGCCUGCAGGCUUCCUUGCACUGAGUAAGCAAAGACAUACUAGCUUUUCCUCUGCUGUCUCUUUUUUUUUCCCCAAAAUUUUUUGCAUCAAUGCCAGGACAGAAACCCAUCUCUGAGGCUAUGCAGGGGGCAAGGAAGCACUGCAUCUGUAUUGCAUCCUCAUCCCCAGCUGCCACAGGCUUUAUGUGCAGCAACGUUUUAAGGAGAAUUUAAUUCUUUGUCUGUUUAUCAAGAUAGAAAAAUAAUCUGAAUUCUUGGACUCUGGGUUCUUUUUUAUUAGUAUUAUAUGAUAUACAACAAAGACCUGAAAAUGUGUAUGUGUUCUUUGCUGGUUUCUGAGAUCAGAAAUUAAAGUCCUGUCUAGAUUGAAAGACAAUGAUGGGAAAAGUGAAAAAGCUAGGAAAGUGGAAGGGGAUUCUUACUUGGAUUAUUUUAAAUUCUAUGUUUUACUUGUUUUUAUUGAUACUUUAAAUGACUAGGUUAAUCUUUUGAAUAAAGGCAGUCUUUGUUAGUGACUUUGCACCUUCACCCUUUCAUGUAAAAUUCUGAGUACUUGCAAUAAAUCUUCCUCACACCUCCAAGCCACUCUGUAGAUAAAUUGCCUAUAUUUCUAAAGUAAAAAAAAAAAAAAAAAAAAAAAAAGUUUCUACGGAUUACUUCAGACCUUUACAGAGAACAACAGGGUAAUCCCAAUCCCAUAAUCCCAACUACUUCCAGGUCACAUUUAAACAAUUAGGUGGUGUAUUUUAGAGAAAUAAUGACUUUGAACAUCAUAAAUGAAUGUAAUGUUCAAACUCCAGUCUUUAGAAGUAAAGAAAACCUCAGUAAUUUUCCAAACCAGCAAGAAUUAAAUUUGUGAAUAAAUAUUAGCGUAGGAAAUGCAUGCAAAACUUGAUACUGCCUCUGACCUUAAGCAUUACUAUUGAUAAUAUUGGGGAUCUCACAGAGUCUGUGUAUUUCAGAUCAGCUGUAUUUCUUCUCAGUGUGUGCUUCAUUACCGACCUGCUAUGGCAAAGAGCCAACCCAUGCCGUACAGAGCUCAAAGCAUGGCUAUGCCAAACGCCCACAGCAUCCUCAGUAUGCAGACGUGUGUGUGUGUGUGUGUGUGUCUUGUGUUAGGAUGAGAAAUCACUCCACCGCAGGCUUUCCCCCGGACCUGGUGUGUUACUUCUAAAAGCAGGCUGUGGGAGGGUUUCAGAAGGGCUGAUCAGAGAGGCCCAACGUGCUGACUGACUGCAGCCCCUUUCCACAUGGUUUAAGGUCCUGCUCUGGGGCAUCAUAACUGUCCCAGCUGCAGCCCUUGGAAGGAGAUAGACCAGAUCUUUGCAGACAGCAUGACUGUGGAUUAGCAAAGCCCUUUAGAGCAUGUUCCACCUCAGGCUUGCACCAUACACCUACCUUACUCUAGUUCAACUUGGUAACUUGUCUUCAUUAACUGCUGGUACAAAAUGGUCACAGCAGUUUUAUCUGUUCUUCUUGCAAGCUGAGGAAAAGCUGAAGGUCAAAAAAAAAACAACCACAACACAAAAGGGCAUUGUAACUUGCACCUUUUCACCUUUAUGAAGUGUCCAUGUUCUCACAGCUGGGCCUGAGACAGCAGCUGCCUCCAAAGUUGCCAUGUAACUUCAUCACAUAAAAGCGGGUGUGAUUUUUUUGUGUUUAACAGGAGCAGUAUUGUUAGAUUUGCUUUAUUUUCUCAGUUACGAGUCAUUCAGUAUUGAAAAUUAUACGCAUCUUGUGUAGCUAUGAAUAGAAAAAUUGAGAAUCGCUUUAUUAUGAUACAGUAGUACAAUCCCUGCUCUGCUGUUCAAUGUUUUGAGUGCCGAACUUCACCAAAAUGUUGUCUUCAUGAAUGAUCUUAGCCCCAUCCCUGCAUGAAAAUGGGUUUGAAUUUCCAUUUACGGCCUCUGGGUUCUCACUGAAUUCUGGGCCGAAGGUAAAGCAGUUGCAGCAGGAAAAAUUGCUGUGGCAGCCACUUACUGACACCUUUUCAGGUGCGUAAAGCCAUCCUGCCUGUAAUCUGACACUUGCAGUUUUCUCAGUGGAUCACCAUGUUCUUGAAUAUCUCGAUAGGUGUUUUCAGCCAGUGGAGGAGAGGUGGACAAGCUUACCACCCAGAAAGGCUAGAAAUGUAGCACGUAAUGAGCUAUCUUCUCCAGCAAGCAUUUAUUUUUAGUGUUUAUCUUUAAAUUAACAGUUGUAUCUUCAGUUAUUAUUUUACCAUUCAGUAUCUUGAGGUGGUAUGAGCAAAAAUAUAUUAAUAUAUAUAAUUUACAAGAAAUAAUAGGCCUGUAUCGUGCCUUUGUAAUUCUCUUCAGCUUCAGUAUCUAUAAGCUAUGAGCAAACUUCUUCCCUCUUUUGGGGUAUUCUUUACUAUAUAGUAGGUGACAGCUUCAUUAAUACUGGCUAUUUGAGACUUCUGGGGCUAAUGGUUAUGUUUUCCCAGGUGAAAAUGCCAUAGUAUUCUCACCAGAUGUAAGCACAACGACAUCUCACUGCAGUGCAUGCCAUCUCUUAGCUUCUCUCUACACGUGCUCGCAUGUUGGAAAUUUAGAAAUGCUGAUGUAUAAAUUGCUACAUUGUUUACCCAAUACAGUUGUUCUACUGCAUCUCUUUUCUGCUUGAAACUCCCAGUAACUUGAAAGUUAGUCAUGGUGUGAAAGGGGGGUUUGGAAGCACAAAGGAUGCAGGCAGCAACUCUUCAGUAGUUUACAGGCUGCUGCAAAUUAGUGUCUUCUCAGCAAAGAAAUGUAGCAUUUUAGCAGUAACUUCCUAGUGAAAACACUGAGCGUGCUUAUCACUUAAGAUUUUAAGGAAAAAAAGUGUCAGACUGUGUAAUUGUAUCUCAUGUAAUUUUUGACACUUAACCAGUAAUAUUCAGUGAGGUGUGAACCUUGGUUCUAUCUACAUGUUCACGAUAGACCAACUGAUACAGAACUGAAAGGUGAACAGCCAUGUUUUAGAAUCGCAGCUACACAAGAAAUAGUCUUCUAGAGUUUUGGUUUUGUUUCUUUACCACUAUUCCAUUUUCACCGCGGGAGUAUUUUUCUAUCUGAGGCUUCCUUUCACCAACCAAAAUAGCCUGUAGCCUUCUGCACUGUGAAAGGCAAGCCCUGUGGAGAAACAUGGGCUUUGAGCUUGCCCAGCAAAUUAGCAGAAAUUUUAUCCAAGCCAUAAAAGCCUCUUACGUUAUUCUGUUUAUGUAAUUAAAGCAAUUAGUGAUAGGAGCUUCAGGAACAAUGGGGUCUCUCUAUCCUCCAUUCUACUUUCUGUAGUUCAUAGGAAUUUUAAGUUCUUUUUUUUCAAGGCUCAGCUGUGUCUCUUUAAACCAGUGCGGUCUAAGCAUCAUGUGAGAUUCAAUUUAUGGGGAUAGCAUUGGAGUGUGAAAGAUUUGCUUUUGGUAGCAAGGAGUAACACGUGUCCCUGUGGAAAUGGACACUUGCAAAAGAGUCUGAUACCGAGAAUAAAAAAAAAAAUCAAGAUGGUACCAGUACAUCAGACUCUGUACUACAGUGGGGGUUGUUGUUUUUUAUUUAGCUUUUGUCAUUUGUAUUUUAUUUCACAGGAGAGGACUUGGGGAAUCUCAGAUCACAUGGGGAAUUUUAGAAGUUUAUCACUCAACAAACAUUUUAUAAAGUCUAACUUCAAAAUGCACUAUGAUUUAUUACAAAAGUAUAUUUUCUUCUGUUUGCCGACAUGGUUGUUCCAUUUUGUGAUAAGUUAAAACUAAGCAGUUAAUUUGUUGCACUGCCUAGCUGCAUGAAUUCAUCCAGUGUACAUACGUACCUGUGCAGCAUUACUUUGGGUUUUGUAUUUGAAUUCGCAGUAUUGACUAUUAUUUUUGUAUUUUACUUUGCCUCUGUUAUUGGAAUUGUAGUAAACAUAAUUUAUACAUAUGAUUUUACAACUGUUUUGCAACUGAAAAGUCUUCUUUAAGUUGUAAAGUUUUAUUGAUGGAUACUCAUUAAAAUGGUAUAAGAAUUAUAUUAACAAUUGUUUUGUGUUUUGAUGCUCUCUGUACAUAAAUAUAUGUCUAUUUAUCUGUUUAAUGGUGCUUGUGUCUUGCAAUUUUGGAUACAUUUUAGAAUAAAGUUUCAUUUUACAA